AUCGUGAUUAGGGUCAAAGGUGAAAGGUUGAUGAUUGGAGGUAGCCAUUUCUUCCUUUAUCGUUGCAGCGGCGUGUACGGGUUAUCGCUGCGGCGAAAUUUUUUUUGUUUACUGUCGAGUGAUUGUAAAAAAAAUGAGCUUGCCGCUGAAUCCUAAACCCUUCCUGAACGGGUUGACUGGCAAACCAGUGAUGGUAAAGUUGAAGUGGGGUAUGGAGUACAAGGGCUAUUUGGUGUCUGUAGAUGGAUAUAUGAAUAUGCAGCUAGCAAACACAGAAGAAUAUAUUGAUGGCGCUCUUUCUGGUCAUCUGGGAGAAGUUCUGAUCAGGUGCAACAAUGUUCUGUACAUUAGAGGUGUUGAAGAGGAGGAAGAAGAUGGAGAAAUGAGAGAGUGACUGCAAAUUGUUUUUCCUGUUUUUUUUUUUUUCUUCCCCUUAUUGCAAAAUUUGUCUUGGAUGUUUUUAACUGCAGUUUUGCAGUUUGUGUAAAAUAAGUGCAUAUUGCACUCGCAACUUUUCAUUUGUUUAUGAAUGGCAUUUGUCAGGCUAACCUUUUAAACAUUUUAGAUGUUCCACUAAAUAUAAAUUUUUUCCAAAAACUGUAGAAAAUAGUCCAUUCUGUACCAAGAUUCUUUGUUCUGAGAAGGCUAUGGAUGUCUGAUUUUGAGCCAUUGUCUGUGUCCAGUCUUAGUAGGGCAAUUUUUUUUUAAAUAAACAUUGUUCGUAAAAGA